AUGAAUUUGAAUGGUCGCCUGAAUAAAUUUAAUGCAUAUAAGCAAGAACUACAGAAACCGAUGAAAAUAGCCAUUGGGAAUGCGAAUGAACAAGAAAAAUCAAAUUCAAAUAACUUUAAGGAGCAGCAAACCGCUUACAAACCUGAACCAGAUAUUGAUACAUCAUGUGUACCAAAAAGAUUUUGGAGAACAAGAACCCCAAUGAAUCCUGAGUGCAAAUUCUUUUUUGUAUUAGCAAAACCCGAAGGAUCUCCGAAAGGAACACGAUUUUAUUUCUUAUAUGAUGAUCCAUAUUGUUCGCUUUUUGAUUUCAACAAAAGAGAAAUUGAAAUUAUAACUACGAAUUCUCAACUUUUCUUCGAAGGUCGCUAUAUUGUAUUACGAAAUAAUAACGUUGAUAGACUAUUUUCUCUGAAAGUAGAAGAAGAACCAUUCCAUGAUGCAAUAGAAAAUACAGACUCUGAUAUCAUCAAGCAAUUUUAUAUUUUAUCAAAAAUAUGUAACGGAUAUCCAAACACUGACAAUAUGACUGUAGCUUUCUACAAUAGAACAAUUAAUACAUUGAGAUUUUUCAAGUUAGUUAGUUUUUUACCGCUACACUUGUUUGAUGACGAAAAAACAGAAUGGUAUUUGAGAGGGUGUGAUCCAUUCUUAGUAGAUCUCUUUGAUUUCUUAUGUGUUGGAUUUAUUAAAACCAUUGAUAAAAAUACUCAAAAAUUCCCAACUGAUACAUUCAUUUUCAAGUUCAUAGCAAUGACAUUUCAAAAUGAUGAUACUUUUAAGAGCAUUAUUUCUCAAGUUGGAAAAUUCAAAAUGGUUCAAGAAGGAUUUGCUUUUAAGAUGUCAACAACCAAUCCAUAUAAUGAUAGAACAAAGAUGGUACUUCAUUUACUCUAUUUAAACAUAUCAAAAGCGUUUCCAAAUACAGAUCUUCCAACUCAUUUAGUUUUUUCUGCAAUAGUUAACUCCGUACAAGCUAUUUGGCAGGUUGAUCCAACUUACAUGCAUAAAGCAGGCGAUAUUAUGGAAUUGGACGGAUUUAAACGCCGUAGAAUUCCAUUAGACCUUUGGAAUGAUUAUAUUGCAACAUUUGACAAGUUUAAGAUUCAGCCUUCUGGGUAUAUUCUUCCUACUCACAGUACUGUUACUUUUGAUUAUUUUUCAGAGAUUUUGAAAUUAACUAUGGACCACAAAGAUAAAAUGCUCAAAAUUAUAGAUACAUACAAGGAUAUAUAA